AGAUAGAUAGAUAGAUAGAUAGAAGCCAGUUUUCAGGUCCAGCUCCACGUGGGUGGGGUCAUGACGUCAUACGACAAAGCUAGAAAGUUUAUUUAAAUAGGGCUUUGGGUAUUUUUUUGCUAUUAAAGGGCGUGGCUUAGUACACACUGACACGCCCAACUAUUUACAUCCUGUUCUUCUCCACCAGACGGCGCAAAUGACACACUCUUUCUCAGACACAAGAAGUUUAACUUCAAGAUAAACUUUACAUUUAUAAUUUUUUGUUUGUUUUGAGGAUGUAAAGCUCGAUAACAGUUGUGGGAGAAAAUCGCUCGCGACGAGUCCAAACCCGAACACCACCGGCGGGAGAGAGAGAGAGAGAGAGAGAGAGAGAGAGAGAGAGAGAGAGAGAGAGAGAGAGAGAGAGAGAGAGAGAGAGAAGCCGGUCCGGUGUUGAAGGCGGACUGAACACCGGGAGCUCGCGGGCUGUGGCUGUGGACAUGGGACUGUUUCUAAAGAGCUGGUUAACAAACGAGGGAGGAAAACACUGCGUGCUGGUGGUAUGGGUGGGUGUGAAUGUGUGGCUCUUCUGGAGGACGUUCAUGCUGUACUGCAGUGGAGCACAAUAUUACUACUUACACAACAUGCUGGGGCUAGGACUGUGCGUAAGCCGAGCAUCAGCAUCUGUCCUGAACCUGAACUGCAGCCUCGUCCUUCUGCCAAUGUGCAGAUCCAUCCUCACUGUACUGAGGGGACAAACACGGGUAAACAGUAGAAAAGUCCGUAGGCUGUUGGAUAAAAGUAAGACCUUCCAUGUGACGUGUGGUGUCACUAUUUGUGUCUUCUCAGUGGUUCAUGUGAGCGCUCAUCUGGUGAAUGCCGUCAGCUUCUCUGUGCAAUUCUCAGACGAGUUUCCUGACCUCAAUGUAGCACAUUACCUGGGCCAGGAUCCCCGUGUCCUCAUUCUGACCACAGUUCCUGGGAUUACAGGCGUCCUAUUGGUGCUCAUUUUAUUCCUGAUGUUUACAGCAUCUUCGCACAGCAUACGAGUGUGCAGCUAUGAGAUCUUCUGGUACACUCACAAUCUCUUUAUCAUCUUCUACAUCAUACUGAUGCUGCAUGUACUGGGAGGGGCUCUAAAGUACCAGAUGAAUGUGGAAUCCCACCCACCAGGCUGCAUCAUGGCCAAUCAGACGCGUCCGACUGAUCCGGCAACAAAAGAAGAAAAGAGGUUGGAGUCAGUCAAAGAAACACCUACAGUGUGUAGUGAAGAGGCCAAGUUUCAUCCUCAUUUUCCCCAGACAUGGUUGUGGGUCUCGGCUCCUCUCUGUCUCUACUGUGCAGAGAGAGUGUAUCGCUAUGUGAGGGGCAGCACUCCUGUUACCGUGGUAUCUGUCAUCAGGCACCCCUGUGAUGUCAUUGAGUUGCGCAUGCUGAAGAGUGGCUUUAAGCCCCGCCCAGGACAAUACAUUUUGCUGAACUGUCCAAGUGUUUCAUCAUUUGAAAACCACGCAUUUACUCUGACUGCAUGUCCAACCCAGAACAAAGACACAUUUGGAAUACAUAUUAGAGUGCUGGGGGACUGGACGGAAUGUUUUUCACAGCUGUUGCUUCCUGAGACAGAACACUCUGAGAUCCUUCCCAUGAUGCAUCAGCACAGAUACCCUGAGUUGUACGUGGACGGUCCUUUCGGAAGUCCGUCUGAGGAAGUGUUUCAUUAUGAAGUGAGUGUUUGUGUAGCUGGAGGAAUCGGUGUUACGCCCUUCGCCUGCAUUCUACACACACUGCUUGAUGACUGUCGUCACUAUAAGCUACAGAGACUCUACUUUGUGUGGGUGUGUCGAGAGUUGCGGUGCUUCUACUGGUUUGCCGAACUGCUGUGUAGUUUAUAUCGCAAGUUGUGGGAGGAGAAUCGCCCUGAUUUUCUGAAUAUUCGUCUUUAUCUCACUGAUACACACAAUCUACAGAACCUCACAGAAGAAAAGUACCGCCCCCUGAGUUCCAGGCUGAUGAUUGGUCGACCCAGAUGGAAGCUCCUUUUUCAGGAGAUAGCGAAAGCCAAUCGACACAAGAAAGUGGGUUUGUUCUGCUGUGGCCCUAAAAGUGUCUCCAGAGAGUUACACAAACUUUGUAACACCUUCUCAUCCUCAACAACCAUCUUCGAAUACAACAAGGAGUCCUUCAGCUAACACACACACACACACACACACACACACACACACACACACACACACACACACACACACACA